CACUUUUUGUCUACACAGCAAAAACUGGAGAGUUGAAAUUUCGGGGUUAAACAAACCAGAGUUGAUUUUCACUCUUGAAGUGUUAUUUUAACACAUUGUGAUUCAAAUGGUGUUCAGUGUUGGGGUUAUUUAUCAGUGUUACCCAAAUCAAGCUAAUUUAACACUACAGAGAGUUAAUGCCCAUGGGCUUCUGCCUCAGAAACCCUGUGCAAGAAAGUACAACGGACUGACACUCUUGAAGUGUUAUUUUAACUCACUGUGAUUCAAAUAAUGUUCAGUGUUGGAGUUAUUUUAGCCAAAUCAAGCUCAUUGAACACUGUAGAGAGUCAAAGCCCCUGGGCUCCCGCCUCGGAAACCCUGUGGAAGAAAGUGCAUCGUGCUGGUAAUUUUCCAUGAGCUGCAGAAGGUUUCAUCAGUGCUGGAAAAAGUUCUUCACAAGUGGUAAGUAACUGUAAUUUAUGGGGAAGAUAAUAUUAAAUGAAAGUUAGUGUAUACAUGAUGUAUCUAGGGAAAACUGUAUAACUUUUCUACGCUUUUUUGUUGCUGUUAAGCUGCUUUCACACCGGCAGCGGGACGUGGCGUUCAUGUUUAUGUAAGCGUUACAGGCAGAACAGAAGGUGUAAAUGCAGCUUUACCCGAACAGCUAAUGCUUCAUUUACACAGACGUUGAGUUUCAAUAUCAACUCAAUGUAGAGGAUAUGCGACGCAAUUUGAGCGCAGCACGUUUUCAGCUAAGUUAAAAAAAAGAGAGACGUUGGCGAGGUUUUAAGCAAUCUGGGACUCAACGUGUUCAGUGACUCCAUGAGCAGGUGAAGUACAAAUACAAAAUGGCGACUCGAUGUCACUAUUUUAAUCCCGAACGUCCAUCCAUCCAUCUUAACCUGCUUUAUAUCCCUUUCGGGGCCGCUGGGUUACUGGAGCACGUCCGGAUACUGUUGGGCGAAGGUGGGAAAACCCUAGACAGGUCACCAGCUUGUUCCAGGGCCCAUGAUGGGGAUGGAGUGCUCCACGUCCGCCCCCGCCUCGGUCUAUUGGUGUUGCUCUUCAGCUUCAGAGGUUUUCAGCUGGUAAACCUAAAGUGAUUUAGUAAAUUGCUGGUUCAGGUUCGCUACCACCAACAGCAGAAAUAUGUAAAGGUGGAUGAAGUUGGAGAGUUUGAUUUCAUGCAACUGCAUGAAAAAGAGUUUACCGAUUGCUCCUUGUCCUCUCCAUCUGAAUGGUCUGACUCAAGCUUCAAGUUCAAGUGCAAGUGCAUCAACUAUACUUCUAGAUGAGAUCCCAAGGAAGAAAUCAAGAGUUAAAGGAACAAUCAAUGCAGUUUCUGCAAAAAAGUUGAUCGAAGCUGUACUUGGAACCAGUUCAGGUGGUGAGGAGGUCCUUGAAGAAUAUCACACAUCACAGACUCUUAAAGAUUCUACCAGAAGAAAGCUGGUCAAUACAAUAGUGGCCCACAUGAUUGAUAAACACAGACAUCUCCCCACCAAAGCUGUUAGAGAAGAAUAUGCUCUUGGGAUAGUGACACUUUUUCCAUCCCUGAAAGACCCAUACUCCAAGAAAGGCUAUGAACACUUCUAUGAUGCUGCAAGCAGUACAGGAUACAUUUCUUGGCGUCUUAAGACCAUCCAGAGAAAGAUUCGACGAGAAUGUACCACUUCAAAUAGCCUCACUGGCCUUUCUCAAGGACAAGGGGGCCCUAAAUUCCAGAGAUCUGUUGUAGUUGAAGAGCAGCAGCUGGAUGGAGAUGCUUGUCAGGAGGCAAUGUCUUUGCUCAACCAUGCCACAGACACUACACUAAUUUUUCGAAAGAUGAGAGAGACGUUUCAGCAUCGGCAAAAACUCGUCAAUGACUCAGACAAAGCGCUUGACAUCCUGUCAUGCUUCCCAAGAUUCCUGGAUACCAAAGGAUUGGCGAAUCAAGACUUCAUUCUCUUGUUUAAUGACGAGGUAUCCAACCAGCUGCUUCAGAAAUGGGACCCGAUCUUUAGAUGCAACAUUAUCAAAGAGGCCAAGCAGCUCACUUCAACUCCAGAGCUUCGUCAGCUGUUGCAUUCAGCAGAGAGUCCACAAGGCAGUGAUGAGACAAUGACUCAUGACGCAGAGAUGGCCUCGCUUUUGUUGCUGUUAUACCUUCCACCACCACCUGGGGGGCCAAAGUAUCCAAAAAUCAGCGCCUCUGAUGCAGUUGAAAAAGUUGACUUUCUCAAGUCUUACUGCAGUUUGGAGGAGCAUCUUCAGAAUCAGCACCACCAUCAGCUGUACCUCCUUGCCGUUGGUCGUGAAAAGAGGAACAUCGACAGAUUCUACAUCUCCAUUGACAACCAUCUCAUCCCAUGCCAGGCAAACCGCUCCCUUGGGGCAUUUGAUGAACUUUUUAAAGCUCAUUUUGUUUUCAGUGUGUCUUAUGAUGGUGCACUUCUGAAUUUCUACACCUUUUUGCAGACAACAGUUUAUAAUAUUGAUAUGGGUAAAAUGAAGGUGUCACCAAAAGUUUCGAGACAUGAGCCAAACUCCUUAUCCAGGAGGUGCUUCUCACAACCCAGAUUUAAAGUCAAGGCAAUUAAAGGCAUUUUGAUCAAAAUGCUCAUGUUUUUUGUGCAAGAAAGUUUGUCCCAGCAGUUGAUUUCACACAUGAGUUGAACAUGGUUAUUAUCCUGGACCAAAGUUCAAGUUGUUUUGUUGUCAGCCAAGUUAUAGGCUUCAGCUUCAAACUUAUGCAGGCUUUAGAAAGCACCUCAUCACUGCUUAUAGAGGCAUUGAACAAAUUGUUUUUUCCCACUCCCAUCCAAGUCUUUUUGUUAUUCUGUCAUGUAAUAUGUUUUAUUUAACUGCAUGAGAGUGAAAUAUUAAAUAUUUUUUAAAUUACA